AUGUUUGGAAAUGGUGGAACACAGAUUGCGAUUCUGUUCCCCCCUGCUGCUGCUGCUAUUAUAACUGGAUGCAGUUGUGACUUGCUCAUCAAUAUCUUGCUUACCAUCCUAGGAUACUUCCCGGGACACAUCCAUGCCUUCUGGCUAAUCUACAAGAAGAUGCAGGCGGAGGAGAGGUACGGGAAUGGAGGGUUCCACUACGUCGGAAGUGGCCAAUACGAGCCUCUCUACCCUAACCAAGGCCAAGGCUACCCCCAACAAGCACCACCACCCCCGCAGCAGCAGCACCACCAGCAGCAAGCUCCGUACUACGGAGCAACUGGUCAGUACAGCGCUGCUUAG